AUGGCGUCUCGCACACUGGAAUCUCACUUUGAGCGUAUGUCGGUCAACGACGAAAACGACCCAUGCGAUGGCACCAAGUUAUAUCAGAAGUCCAAGAUGACAGCGACGACGACUCAAAUAUCACAUAGCUCAACGCGACCAAAUCUCUACAAAGUCGCCCUCCAGACGCAGAACACCAACACCGUCACCGCCGUCACCCUGCCGUCCCAAGCCGCACAACGGAAAGGGCCUCCCUCUCCAACACGAAAACCCCUCCCCAGUUCUGCAUCCAGAUCAUCCGACGAAGUCGUCCAAGUCGAGCGCAAGUCCGUCGUCCUCGUCGAACAGCCGACGGUCAACCAAUUCCACCUGGGCAUGUUCGAGAUCGGCCGACCCAUGGGCAAAGGCAAAUUCGGACGAGUCUACCUCGCCAGGGAGCGAAGCAACGGCUUCAUCUGCGCGCUCAAAGUGCUGCACAAGAAUGAGAUCCAACAAGGACGGGUAGAGAAGCAAGUACGGCGCGAGAUCGAGAUCCAGAGCAACCUGCGCCACCCCAACAUCCUGCAGCUGUACGGGCACUUCCACGACAGCAAGCGCAUAUUUCUGAUCCUCGAGUUUGCGGCCAAGGGCGAGCUGUACAAGCACCUGCGGCGGGAGAACCGGUUCCCGGAGUGGAAGGCGUCACAGUACAUUGCGCAGAUGGCGAGCGCGCUGCGGUACUUGCACCGCAAGCACGUCAUUCAUCGGGAUAUCAAGCCCGAGAACAUUCUGAUGGGCAUCCAUGGGGAGAUCAAGAUUUCCGAUUUCGGCUGGAGCGUGCAUGCGCCUAACAGCCGGAGGAAGACCAUGUGCGGGACGCUCGAUUACCUCCCGCCGGAGAUGAUCAAGCCGGGCAGCUCGGAUAACUUCUACAAUGAGAAGGUGGACUUGUGGGCGUUGGGGGUCUUGACGUACGAGUUUUUGGUGGGCGAGGCGCCUUUUGAGGACACGCCUGUUAUGACGCAGAGGAGGAUCGCGAGGGCAGAUAUGACAAUUCCUUCUUUUGUCAGCGCCGAGGCUAGGGAUCUGAUCAAGAGACUGCUUGUCCUCGACCCCGAGAAGAGGAUACCCCUCGAGCAGGUCCAACAACACCCCUGGAUUAUCAAGCACUGCCUAAAGGGUGAGAGGGUGGCAAAUCGCGAGUCGGCAAAGGGGAAAUGA